UCACACUGUGCGCUUUGCUCUGAUCACUUUGUGUCAUUUUGUUGUUUCUUUCGCGCCAAGCCAGAUAGUUUGUACGCAAUGGACUUUCUUGCCUCAGUAUAAGCGGGCGCUAGUAUGGUGACGACACGCGGACACAAUUCUGGCGGCGGGCGUUCACAGUCUCCGAGAGUUGCCAGCCAACGACCCUCGCGUCUCGCGGCGGCGACUUUUGCCAGGCGCGUCACGGACGUGGACGAAAUGGACGAUGACACAAACGAUGAUUUCAUCGAAAGCGAUGACACCGACGAUGAUGAUGACUAUGGCAGGAAGCCCCGUAAAUCCCGUCAGCAUGCAAAGCUUCCAAGUAAGCGUGGCGUCUCCAAACCUCUGCACAAGAAGAGCAUGGAGAUGGCUGGCGUCCGGCGCAGCUCCCGUCUAUCAGCACCUGCAGCCCUGGUGCCAGCUCUGGGCAGCGAGCGGGCGGCCGGCGGCGCCGGCAGCAUGGAGGAGGAUGCCAUGGGCGAAGCGAACGGCGCGGUAGAGGCGGAGGCCGCUGGAGCAGGAGCAGCAGACCGUGGCAACGCGAGCAGCAGCAGCAGCGGUGACACCAGCAGUAGCAGCGGCAGCAGCAGCAGCGACUCGGGCAGUGACAGCUCCGCCUCUGAAGACGAUGAGGGCGGCGGAGCGGGUGCUGGCAAGGCGGUAAGAGGGGGCAACGUGGCGGAUGCGGGGGGUCGCGGCGAGGGCGGCGGUCAGGAGGAGGAAGGAGAUGAGGAGGAGGAAGGGGAGGAUGACGGCGGCGUGUGGAAGGGGCGCUAUCACCUACGAGGGCAGCAAGUCAACCAAUUGAGAGCGCACCCCGCAAAGCGGCCUCGCUACUCGGAAGACGACCGGGAUCGCCGUCAUGGAGCCCAUCAUGAAGACGAGGAGGAGGAGGAGGACGAGGAGGAGGAUGACGGAGAGGAAGGGGAUGCGGAGGAGGAGGAGGACGGCGGCGGCAAGAGCCGUCGGCUUAGAAGCCACGGAAAGGGCCGGGGCUCCGCCGGCGGCGGAAGUAAGAAGGGUGGGCGCGGCCGCAAGGGCAAGGAGCCGGCAGGGGCGCCUUACACGCUGCGGGACCGCAGCCGGCUGGUGCCUAUCACGGUGCAGGAGCAGCAACGUCAGCAGGAGGAGUUGAAGAAGGAGAUGCUGGCUCGCAAACGCAAUCGGGAGAGGUCUCGGAGCCAUGGGGGCGGCGGCGGCGGCAAGCAUGGCAACGGGGGCGGCGGCGCUGCCGGCGGAGGCGGAGGCGGCCACCGGCGUCACGGCGGCGGCGGCUGGCGUGACGGCAUGUCGGACGAUGAGGUGGCGGACAUUGAGGGCACUGGCGGCGGCAACUCCUGGCGCAACGUGCACCAAGCCAUGGGGCAGAUGGCUCCCUGGCUGCAGGCCCCGCCCAACACCCCCAUCCCCGGCCAGCCUGGCCACCACGCCACCGCACAUGGCGGGGCGCAACAGGUCGUUCCCAACAGUGCCGUACAUCUGCCUGCUGCCGGCGGUGGCGGCGGCGGUGGCAACCUCGGAGCAGGGGGCUACGCCGCGCACCCGCCGGGGCCCGGCGGCGAUGGGGCCGGUGGGGGCGGCGCCGGGGAACUGCCGCUGGCUCCGUGGGAGCAGGCGUUGCUGGCGGAUGCGGCGGCGCUGGCGGCAGGCGGCGGAGGCGCCAAGGAGAAGGCCGGGAAUGCGGAGAUCAAUCCAGUAGCGGUUGACCCCAGUGUGGGUUUCGACCAGGUGGGUGGUCUGGACGCCUACAUCGACGCGCUGAAGGAGAUGGUGUUCCUGCCGCUGGUCUACCCGGAGCUCUUCACGCGCUUCAACGUGCAGCCGCCCCGGGGCGUGCUCUUCUACGGGCCGCCUGGCACGGGUAAGACGCUGGUGGCCCGAGCACUGGCCAGCCACGCCUCCCGCUACGGCGGCCGCAAGGUGUCGUUCUACAUGCGCAAAGGGGCCGACGUGCUCAGCAAGUGGGUGGGCGAGGCGGAGCGGCAGCUGCGGCUGCUGUUUGAGGAGGCGCAACGCAACGCGCCCGCCAUCAUCUUCUUUGAUGAGAUUGACGGCUUGGCGCCGGUCCGCAGCAGCCGGCAGGACCAGAUCCACAACUCCAUUGUGUCGACCCUGCUGGCCCUCAUGGACGGACUGGACAGCCGGGGGCAGGUGGUGGUGAUUGGCGCCACCAACCGCCCGGAUGCACUGGACGGGGCGUUGCGGCGGCCGGGCAGGUUCGACCGGGAGCUGCUAUUCCCGCUGCCGGGGCUGCAGGCUCGUCGCUCCAUCCUGCAGAUCCACACCCGCAAGUGGUCCGAGCCGCCCAGCCCCCCGCUGCUAGAUGAGCUGGCGGGGCUGUGUGUGGGCUACUGCGGGGCCGACCUGAAGGCCGUGUGUGCGGAGGCGGCCCUGCACGCCGUGCGCAGAAGGUACCCGCAGAUCUACGCCUCCGAGGACAAGCUGCUGGUGGAGCCCUCCGCAGUCACUGUUGAGCGACAGGACUUCCUGGCCGCAAUCGCAGCCAUCACCCCCGCAUCCAACCGCUCCGCAGCCGCACAUGCACGACCCCUGCCGGGCGGCGCCGCGGGGCCCUGUUUGGCGCCCCGCCUCGCAGCCCUGCUGGGGCACCUGCAGCGCAACUUCCCAC